ACUAUUGAAGCUUCAGUACUGCGAAUGGCAGUGGCGCCAGUGUUUGUCAACGCACAUAUGUGAAUGCUGGUUUUUUAAUAAGAGAGAAGAAUGUAGUGAAAUCAAAUCAGUUGUUUUAUUGCCAUAUUUAUAUUCGUUCUAAGAAAAGCAACACUUGAAAACAUGGAGUCGGCUACAACGCCGAGUGAAGUCAACAAAGAGGACUCAUCCUCUGUCAUAAAUUCUGAAAAGGUCAGCGAAAUAAUAGAGCUGGCGGCCAAAAUCGAAAUAAACAAAUGCGACGUGGAGACAGCUUCGAUUUCAGUGGAGCAACAGCAGCUGGAAUGUGAGAGACAAGCAAAAAACGAAGAACUGACACCAAUACCAACAACGAACGACACGGAACUGCAAGAUAAACAAGUAGAAAAUAAACAAGUUACUAAUGAGAUUGCUAUUGUGGGCGACGUCGAACAAAAGACGAAAGAAAUUGGCGACGAAGCUGAGACCAUUAUGAGUUUCGCUCAAUUAAAGGCGCAGGCUGAGGUUGAAGAACACAAGGAUACAGUGUUGCCUGCUCCAAAUGAUAUUCUGUCCCAUGUGCAUUGUUUGGCCCAGCUAGAAGAGCAGCGUCGCAGCUAUGAGCGGCAAUUGGAACAGCUACGCACAGCAAACGCACAGAAGGAUAACAUGAUGACGCUGCUACAACGCGAGAACGCAAUACUGGACAAGGAGAAGCUGGCGUUCCGCCAUGAGAUGGAUGUGGCUAACAAGGAGAAGGAGGCGACAGUGAUUAAAUUCGCCAUGAAGGAGAAGCUGCUCAUCGAUGCCAAAAAGGAGAAGGAGUUGGUGGAGAAGCAGCUGGCUGAUGCCAAGAGAGAGGUUAAAAAUGUAUCCAUACGUUUUCAUGCGGUCAACGAAGAGAAGUCACGUAUUACCUACAUCAUAGACGAAAAGUGCAACGAAGUGCGCAAAUAUCAGCGGGAAUGCGAGAAGCUCAAGACUGAAAUGGGUCACUUGGAGUCCAAGCUGAAGUAUCACUCGAACAAGCUCAACAUUGAAGUAGAAGCAAAGGCGUCUCUAGAACGCAAGCUGGAAGAGGAGCGCAAUGCGCCUAAUAAACUGGAGGAGAAAGCCAAUGAGAAGCUCAAGAUGGAAUUCGAGGCAAAUACAAUACUCUUAAAGCACGAGAUUAUGCGCAAGACUGAAGCCCUCGAUAAACUCACCAAAGAGCAGCAAAAGCAAGCUGAGGCUUUCAAGGAGCUGCAGCAACAGCUGCAGGACAUUAAUGCGUCGCAUGGUCAAUUGUCGGACGAGUUUAAGGAGCUGCAAGAGCAGCACAGCUCUGUGGAGGCAGCGUACAGUGAUGAGCUACUGAAGACAGCCAAACUGCAUGGACAAGUUGCCGAACUACAGCUCUUGCGCACACAAAACACAAUUAAUGAAGAAAAACUCGCCGAGGAGCAAAAACUAAGAGAGAAACUCGAAGCAAAUGCACUGGAAACGGAAGCUGACUUAGAGCAGCUGCAGCAGAAGAAACAAGAGCUGCUCAGCAUUAACAAAGAGAUGAGCGAAGUGAUUGUGCAGCUGCAAAACAAUAUUAGCUUAGCUGAAGCAAAGGCACAAGGCCUCGAGGCUGAAAACAAAUUGAUGAAACAGGAGAAACACGGCUAUGACAUCAAGUACGGUGAAUUGGAGAAUCAACUGAGUGUCGAGUCCGCGGAAAAGAAUGAAGAACGUCUAUUGCUGGCCAAACAUCUGUCGGAGAAGACAAAACUCUACGAACUGACCAAGGCCAAGUUGGACAAUGUGCAGGGUGACUUUGAGGCAACACAGCACAAACAGGCGACGUUGGUCAAGGAGCUGCAACGAGAGCUGCAAAAGUACAAAAGAGGCGUGGUGGAAACAAAACCCAUUAUGCCGUAUUGUAGCAAUUGCCAACAGGCGCUAAAUGGCUACAAUCAAGAGACGCCACCACAACAACAACAGCAACCACAACAAGUUCAACGCACGCACAGUCGCACAAGCAGCCAUGGCAGCAGUCGACGUGCCAGCGAAUCAUCCGAAUCUGAAACAGUGGCCAGCAGCGUGACCACAACACAACAGCCACAAAAUCAAGCGCCUCCCGAGCUGCAAGCAGUGCUCUCAAAGAAAGUAUUAGUGGAGCGCAUACUCCGCCUGCAGCAGGCGACAGCACGUCAAACGGAACGUAUCGAGUUUCUUGAAAAUCAUACAGCUGCUCUCGUUGCCGAGGUGCAGAAGAAAUCGAAGGUGGUGCAACAUUAUAUGCUGCGUGAUCAGAUGGCAGGCGCUUUGACUACCACGAAGAGUGAUCAGAACAAGAGCGAGCUGGUCAAGUAUGGCAACGGUGUCAUGGCAGCCAUCUAUGGCGGAGUUAAAGGCGCCGAAAGCAAAGGCGGCAUGUCGCUAGAUCUUUCGCUGGAGAUUAACAAGAAGCUGCAGACGGUGUUGGAGGACACGCUGCUGAAAAACAUUACGCUCAAAGAGAACCUGGAUGUGUUGGGUUUGGAGGUAGAUAAUUUGACGCGUAAAUUGCGCAACUAUGAGCAGAACAAAUGACGAGAGAAAGCACCACACACAACAAAGUAUUCCAUUCCAUAAGUCUACCACUGUCUCAACUUGUAAAUAUAGUUAACUAAAGAAAAUUCCAUGUACAUUACAUACAAAAUUUAAUAUUCCAACAAUUUGCAAA